GGGGGUUGGCCCGCUUGGCGCUAGCUCCCGGGAUAUGGAGCUGCCAGCGCGAGGGCAUCUUGUCAGGUGGUUGCGGAGCCGGUAAUGAAAGGAGAAGACUACAAGUUAAUUAUUAAGAUUUUAACAGGCUCCAAAGGGCAAAAGGAGGCAUAUAUACAGCCAGAGAAUCUUGUAGUGUUCUCAGUGUCAGGUCUUCCUUCCAACUCUAGAACACAGAUUCUCGGAAGUCCAGCUCAGAAUCCUAUUCUAAGUACUUGGACACUCAGGCAUCCACCAUGGUGUUGGGUCCUGAACAGAAGAUGCCAGAUGAUGAUGUUUCUGGAGACCAUGGGGACUCUCCCAGUCUUGGUACCCUCAACCCGGCCUAUAGUACCUCCUCUCUCCCCCGGUCCACUGAGCACUCACAGGAGCCCUUUACUACCUACUUUGAUGAGAAGAUCACCAUUCCUGAGGAGGAGUAUUCUUGUUUUAGCUUUCGUAAACUCUGGGCUUUCACGGGACCCGGUUUUCUUAUGAGCAUUGCCUACUUGGAUCCAGGAAACAUCGAAUCUGAUUUGCAGUCUGGAGCAGUGGCUGGAUUUAAGUUGCUCUGGGUUCUUCUGUUGGCCACCGUGGUGGGGCUUCUGCUCCAGCGCCUUGCAGCCAGACUGGGAGUGGUCACGGGGUUGCAUCUUGCUGAAGUGUGUCACCGUCAGUAUCCCAAGGUCCCACGAAUUAUCCUAUGGCUGAUGGUGGAGUUGGCUAUCAUUGGCUCAGAUAUGCAAGAAGUUAUUGGCUCAGCCAUUGCGAUCAAUCUCCUGUCUGUAGGAAGGGUUCCUCUCUGGGGUGGAGUUCUCAUCACCAUUGCAGAUACCUUCGUAUUUCUCUUUUUGGACAAAUAUGGCUUACGGAAGCUAGAAGCAUUUUUUGGCUUUCUCAUCACCAUUAUGGCCCUCACAUUUGGAUAUGAGUAUAUUACAGUGAAACCCAGCCAGAGCCAGGUACUCAAGGGCAUGUUCCUGCCAUCCUGUUCAGGCUGUCACACCCCACAGGUCGAGCAGGCUGUGGGCAUCGUGGGAGCUGUCAUCAUGCCACACAAUAUGUACUUGCAUUCUGCCUUAGUCAAGUCCAGACAGGUAAACCGAGCCAAUAAGCAGGAAGUUCGAGAAGCUAAUAAGUACUUUUUCAUUGAAUCCUGCAUUGCACUCUUUGUUUCCUUCAUCAUCAACGUCUUUGUCGUCUCAGUCUUUGCCGAAGCAUUUUUUGAGAAAACCAACGACCAGGUGAUUGCAGUCUGUAGAAAUAACAGCAGUCCCCACACUCACCUUUUUCCUGAUGAUAACUCGACACUGACUGUGGACAUCUACAAAGGGGGUGUUGUACUAGGAUGUUACUUUGGGCCAGCUGCACUCUAUAUCUGGGCAGUGGGGAUCCUGGCUGCAGGACAGAGCUCCACCAUGACAGGAACUUACUCUGGCCAGUUUGUCAUGGAGGGAUUCCUGAACCUAAAAUGGUCACGCUUUGCCCGAGUGAUUCUCACCCGCUCUAUUGCCAUCAUCCCUACUCUGCUUGUUGCUAUCUUCCAGGAUGUAGAGCAUCUAACGGGGAUGAAUGACUUCCUGAAUGUUCUGCAGAGCUUACAGCUUCCCUUUGCUCUGAUACCCAUCCUCACGUUUACGAGCUUGCGGCCAGUUAUGAAUGACUUUGCCAAUGGAAUAGGCUGGAGGAUUGCAGGCGGGAUAUUGGUCCUUAUCGUCUGUUCCAUCAACAUGUACUUUGUCCUGGUUUAUGUCCAGGAACUCGGGCAUGUGGCAUUGUAUGUGGUAGCUGCUGUGGUCAGUGUGGCUUAUCUGAGCUUUGUGUUUUACCUGGGUUGGCAAUGUUUGAUUGCAUUGGGCAUGUCCUUCCUGGACUGUGCGCACACGUACCAUCUGGGAUUGACAGCUCAGCCUGAACUCUACCUUCUGAACACCGUGGAUGCUGACUCACUUGUGUCUAGAUGACUGACAGCCUGAGAGACUGUAUAAGAACCACUUUGUCUUAAUCCCUUUGUGCCAGGUGUCCUGUUAACAUAUCUCUGUUAGUUCAGAGGUGAGUUUUGUUCAGAUUUUGAACAAAAGGCAAAGAUUUCCUCGUGGGAAGGCUGUUAAAAGCUGACAGCUGUAAUUGUAGGACAGAGACCCACCCACCUCAACAGUCCUACAAUAGCCAGAGUUACAUGAUUGGCCUAUCAUGGCCACACACCCCUAUGGGCUUGUGUCUUGACUUCUGGCAUUUAUAAAAUAUAUGUGUGUAUAUAUUUAUGUAAACCUGAACAUAUCCGUUUGGGUAGAGUUUUAAGGUUAUAUAAAAUUGAUAGGUCUUAUUUUUUUUAAAGAUAGUAUUCAGAUAAAUCAGAUAUUUGUUUUAUCUGGGUCACAAGUGAGAAAGGAGAGGGAGUAAUGCUCUUUUUCAGAAUGAUCUGGUCAAAUUAACUUACCUUUUAAAGUGAUACUUGACUAUGGCCAGUUAAAUUCCACGUCGGUUUUAACCGACCAGACCUGCUUAUCAGCCACUUCAUAUCAGCACAUCAUUUCUAAGGAAAACAUUUCUUCUUUUCAAGCAGUCAUAUUUGGUCCUGGUCAUUGGUGUGCUUUGUAAUUACAGUUCUCUCUGUUGCUUUUCUUGAAAUCUUGUCAGAGGUAUGAUGGUAUUUUCCAAAGAGCCUAAUAACUUGUAAUAAGAUUCAGAAACGAUGCUUUAAUCAAUGAUCAGUCUUCCAUGUGACAUUGUAACUCAGCCCAUUCUAGCAUUCAGGUUUUAGGUAUAAAAGAAGAAACUUCUAACAUUUAAUUUUGUAAAGACCCAAUAGAAGAUGAUGGAGGUAUUUGUUUUCUUUCUAAUGUUUGUAGAGUUCUACCAAAUCUUUUCUUCCCAUUUUCCCCAUGAAAACUCCAAACACCAUUUCUAGGUCCAAAAUCUAUUUCCAGGAAUGGCUAAUAUUUCUAAUGUUGAAUUUCCCUGAAUGCUAAGCAUUUUACUUUAAGAUAUUUAUACCAAGUAAUAUGAGAUCAGAACUAGACUAGGACUUAGACGACUAGUUCUCAUGUCAUAAACUGCCUGCCUACAUGUGGGUUAUAGACGCUUUUUGACCCCUUUUCUUAACUGGGACUUUUUUCCUUAAGAUUUUUAUAAUAAAAAUGUUAAUACUUUAAAAUGGAAAGAUUUUGCAUAAUUAUCUGAUGGAAAAGGAGAUUUUCAACACGAGGCUCACAUUCCUGCAUGGAGUUACAGUUGGCUGGAGUGAGUGGUAGCUAUCCAUCUUCAUGGACUAUAUUGCAGGGCGGCACACACUCCAUUUCCUUCUAGCCGCAGAGGCAUGCGUUUGUAAACACUGAAGGUUUCGUAUGACUUUGAGCAUCAUUUUUCUCUCUCAGCUUAAAAGGUAAAUAUGUCUUAUUUUAAAAUUUAGUGCUUUUCAGUAAGACGUUUGUUGUUGUUGUUAAAUCCAGACAUUUUCAUUUAUAAAGACUUGGCCCUCUAAGUGGCAAGUUUUCUAAGAGGAUACUUUAAAAUUCUCUCAUUUCUACGUCGGGGGCCCUUGAAACGUCUGGUAAGAGUAGCAUCCUUACAAUGUAGUUUAGCAUCCUUCUGAUCUUAAAAAUGAAACUGAAUUAGCAUCAAUUAACAGCUUUCACUUGAAAAAGAGAUUUUUAAAAUGAGUUUCAGUAUUUUAGAUUCUUUAUACACAGUUAGCAACUCUAGAUGGACCAAUUUGGAUUUUCCUCCCUUCUUGGGCAAUUAAGUUUCUCAGUUUCAUUACUAGAGAGUGUUAGGAGAAAGAAAGAAAAAAAAGGUUAAAAAAUCCUGUUUUGCCACUCCUAAAAAGUUGAGGUGCUUGGUUAAACAGAGACUAAGUACUUGGGGGAUUCUUUAACUCAUCUCCCUCCUUUAGCUAUAUGUUACUAGGAAGAGACUGGAGUUUACAAAAGUUUAUAAGUAUAUCUGUCAGGUCAUAUAAUUCCUGUAAUCAAAAAAUUUGAUCACCUGAGUCAUGCUAAAACCAGGAGAGGAGAGUGAUUUCUAAAGAGUGAGUCUUGGGUACACUUCUUUUCUAAGUUAAGAACAUUUAAUCAUUCUCUAAUUUAUGUACAAAUCUAGAUUUCUUUUCCUUUUUUUUUUUUUUUUGGUUUUAUUUAUUU